UACACCUCAGAUGCAAGAAAACGGGCUUCACAGGCGUGUUAUAACCUCAAGACAAAGAUAAAAUGGUGAAGGAGCCUUAUACAGAUCAAGGACAAGCAUCUGAGGCUUGAUAUACGUGGUGCAAAGUCUUUGGAACUGAAAUAAACCCUGAAAAAAAUCGUCAACCUCGUCAGAGAUUAUAACAGCUAUCAGCUGAAUGAACGAAUCGGUUUUGACAUCCUUUCUUUAGGAACAGCUGAUAACUCACUGAGUCAAAAUUCAAGUCAACAGAAAUAUCCACGGCAGUUUUCAUAUAUGGAUUCCUGGUUGGUCAGAGGUUUUUAAAAUUGUGAAGGAAAAAUGUCCGACGAACGUCAAGAAGUGAUUCUACUUGCUGCUUCAGACAUUGGGAAUUCUGACAUUUCGUCGACCGUCGCCUCGUCUUGCACGCCAGCGGCCAAUAGUGCUGUCUUAACAAAGCUUAUUACAGCGAGCAACACCUCUGGAACAAGCGCUUCAAACACUUUCAUCCUAUACAUUCCGGCUUUUAGAAAAAUCGAGCCAAAACCGGGAGUUGAAUUGAAAAAUAGUGGAGAAGAAGAAGAAAAAGAGAUCAUUGACAAAGAUGCAAAGUCCUCUGCUGGAAGGUUUCUGGCUAUCAAUGCUACUAAGCGUGGAGUUAAAACAUGCCCAGUAUGUCAAAAGAAGAUAGGAUACAGAGCAAAGCAAUGCAAGCACUGCAGCCCAUCAAAGAUCAGACAUCCUAGAAGGGCAAGACCAUCAAUUUCCAUUAAACCAAUUGAAAGCAAAACAGUUGAGUUACUAGCUCGGCAUGUUGUAUGCAGUUCUUCAGACACAACGCAGGAGGAUGUCCAAGAGAGAACAUCAGGGAGCUUGAUGCCUAGUGGUGUUGCAAAGUUGGUAGCCAACCAGGCAAUUCAGGAACAUAUUGUCACAAAUCAAGAAGAACAACAGCUGGAAACUAUGGUUCCUUCACUGGACCAGGAAACCAGCCAGGAAUUUGAAGGAGUUGAAAUGGCAAAAGAGCAAGAAGAACACAGUUUACUAAACAAUGCAUCUCAAGUAAAUGAACCACUGGAACACCACCAGCGUAUUGGUAACACGGUAGGGGAAAUUCUAAACUGUCCAGAAAAAAUAGUUAUAGAUGAUUCUGAAAUAGUAAGCAAUGUCACAGAGGUUACUACUACCAGUUCAGAAUGCGUAGAGAAGUUAGCCGAAGGAACAUCCCAAACUGAAAGCCAAGAAGCUAUAAACACUGUCUUUAUUUCUUCAAAAAUGUCUGAGAACACCGACAGCCAAACUCUUGCUAACACCUCUGGAAGAUAUUCACUGCAAGAACUUAUCUGUGGCUUGCUGGCACAAAACCAGGGUGUUAAUCUCCACCAAUCAGAAUCAAGAGUAUGUGAAGAAAACACGUCAGUAGUUGGUCUACAAACUGAUUCAGUUGAAUCUACUGAAGACGCUCAAGGAAGAAACACUGAACCCAUGAAGGAAAAAAUGGCAGAAAAUUCAUACGAUGCGAACUCAGUUGCUCUGUUUCUAGGUGAGAUGGCACAGCGGAACAAUGGUAAAAAACGAAAGGUUCCAGUGUCAAAAGCUUUAGAUGCAGAACCUAAGGUUGUGGCACUCUUACCAGGGACAAACCCCAAGUGUAUUUUAGUGACUGGAAGUGAACAUAAGCCUGCUAAGUUUAGAAAAAUUCAACCAAAAGACAGUAGUAUUCAAGAAGAGAACAUAAAUGCAUGCGAAGAUGAGAAAGAGUCAAGCAAAGAUUUUUCUAAUGAGGCAAAGGGGGAUUGUCAGUACAGGAUUAUGAAUGGUAAUGCUACAAGACGAGGCGUCAUGCUAUGCUCCAAGUGCAAUAAAAUGAUUGGCUGCCGAUCUAAAAUCUGCAAGCACUGCAAACACCGUCUUGACGAGAGCCCAGCCCGCCAGGCAACUAAUAAAAUCAUCAAGCAAGCCGUCAAGCUUUGCCUACCCACAGAUCUAGGUGUACAGAUAUUUUCAGUCAGAAAGUGUAAAACGGGACCAGAGUUGAGGUGCUUUGUGCAGUUUGACUGCAAAGAGUCAAGCGAUGCAUCAAAUGCGGAUAAAUCAAGCAAAUAUUCCUGCGACUACCCCCUCUGUAUCACCGCCAAGGAGCUGGGAGACAAAAUGUCAACCUUUAUGUGUGAACAUGCUAAAGUCUGCUGCACAACUGUUAAUAUUCUAAAGGCAAAGAUACCCACACUAGAUCUACAAAAGCUCACAUCAAUGGAGUUUGGUUCAAAUAUGAAGGAACCUGUCCAAAAACUUCAUUCUCAAUGCCUUUCUAAGAAUGUCCCCUUGGUACAGUAUGUAUCUUGUCGAACUCUCGCUGUAGUGGAGCAUAUAAACACUGAUUCCAUUGAUCCACUUGGAACUGAUAUUAUUAGUUUUGCUCAUGUCAGGUUCGAGAACGUCAAAGGACAGGGCUGUUUUCAACGGCAAGUGUUUUGUAGUGGAAGAUCUUGCAUGGCUUGGAACUUUCUAUCAAAUGAUACCAAUGCUACGGCAAUCAAGGCUUGCAGUUGUGUGCACUAUGCAGCUGCUUUGUGGGCGAUUGCUUCUGAUGCCUCAUUGCACAAAGACAUGGGGGAGUACCUGGAUGCAUUUGUUGCUCAAGCAAAGAAAGGGAAUUCCUAACGGUAAAUUACCUAUAUCUAAAAAUGCAUGCUCUAACACGAUUAAGUCGUCAAAAACUCCCAAAAAGUGAUUAGUUGUGAUGCCCAGGUAUUCGUUGUUUAGUAAACCGUCCAUACCGCAAAGAGGAUUUUGGGAAUUCCUUGGGUGGUGGUUGGGGUGGGGUUUAACUUCUGAGAAACGUGUAUGCAAAAUGCCAAAAUGGAUACUUACUGUAUCUUACUGUGAAAUCGACAGCCCUAGAAAUGAAAACUGAGAGGGGCAAAAAAAUAUCUGUUGGGAUAUAUAUGAUAUAUUUUUCUAGAACUAUGGAUAAGUAUAUUAUUUGUCUCAAGCCUCAAGAAGGCUUAGUUAAACUUUGUUCUAAUACUCUCAGCAUAUAAUGUAGGUAUUGAUGGAAUAUGUCUUUAUGACAUAGAAGCAACAUCAAUGUAGACCUUUUUCCAGUUAAAUACUUCGCCAUAUGUUGCUGUGGUUCAAAAUUAUAAAGGUUUAAAACGUUGUUUAGUAGUAUCGUAUACAGUGCAUGAACCUAUUUUGGGCUAUUGUCGAAUGGGGAUUGCACGACCGAAAGGGUCCUUGGGUUUUCGGCUGGUUUAAUGGGAAAUGACCGCUGAUUUAUAUUGUUAAAUAGUAUGUGGUAAACAUUGCGUACAGUCUCCACUUUCCCGCACGACGAGGCUAACAGUUGUUUGUUUGUAAGACAAACAGUUUAACCAUACUUCCAUUCGGUCAUGCAAUCUCCCUUCUACAACCGCCGUUCGCCGUUUUUUCAUAAUAGAUGUAUGUUUUGAACACCUAGGUAUUGUGUAUGCUUCAAAAACUUUCUCGUCUUCUCCCAACAAUCCCUCGUAUUUCUACCAGAGAUUGGAAACGCGUAAAAUAUCUUUUAAUGCUUAAUAAAUCUUAAUUCUUUAAUUCAGUUAUGCCUAGGUAAUGUUCAAAUAAUCUUCGCAAUCAUACCAAAACGCGUUUUUUCAUUGUUUUAAAUAUCGCGAGGAAACUAGAACAAUGGCAAAAAUCAUUUGUUGGGAUUUUCCCAUCUCACUCGUCAGCCAUCUUGGAACUUGAGAAAUACGCGGUCAGUCUCGACAUGAAUCCAAGAUGGCUGCCGAGUGAGUAGGGAGAAUUGGGACGAUCAUAUGAACACUAGGCAUUAUUGCUGUUUGCAUAAGUGACCGUGGAAGUUUACUAAGACUAAUAGUUAACACUGUGAACUAAAUUGAAGUCCCUUUAAACUACCCGGGAAACAAAUUUGAAGAAUAUUAUUUAUAUUUAUUUAGUAUGAUCGAGAGCUGCAAGCUUAUCAAAAGAACACUGUUAUAAACAAAACAAACAAAAGGCAUCCACAAAGCCCGUCCUAGUCGUUGUCUUUAAUAUUAGCAUGGGCGAAAGUCUGUACAGGCUAGUUUAUAAGCUACGAUCACCAUUAAUUGCUAACUUUAGAGCGUCGUUUCCACUGCUGCGCCAGCCAAUGUUAUAGCAAUAGAACUUUAUACUGUAAAAACGAACGCUAAAAGUCUAUUGUUACUGUUGCAUCUCGUGGCUUUGGUCUAGCCUUCUUGGCAGCCUACUGCUGCAUAUCAAUGUAGCCGACGUUAACGCAAGCGUUAAACUAAUAUCCUUAGAACGGUAAUACUUAAUAUAACGAAAUGCAUCAUUUUUGGCAAAGCCAAUGUAAGUUUAAUAUAUUUAUGAAUUUUAAUAGGUUUGCGUCUUGGAAGGAACUUAUAAACGGAAGUAUUUCAGAAAACGUUGAAUAAAGUGGCUUUAAUUAAUCCGUGAAAUGCACUUUACCGUUUUACACUUUAUUGCUUUUUAUUUUGCAUCACACAUUACACUUUGACUAAAUCUUUGUUUCACGGGACCGUGAAAACCACUCAACUGUAGUUAUAUUUGGAUUACCUGUGUAUUAGUAUUUCUUGUUCAGUCAUCUAAUAUGGCCGCGGUCUUGUAUAUUUGAAUCUCAUUGGAAUGAUUGAAAACGAUCAAUACGUACCGAAAUGCAUUGUUACAAUUGGCCAUUCCGAAAUUCAAAAGGAGACUGGGAACGAGUGUGAAAAUAUUACAUUCGUCGAAAACUGAACCUCACCACAUGAAAGACCACACUAAAAUAAGUGUUCUUGUCAAGUUUGAACAUAUUUGGUUGAAUACUCACCGAGGUAUUGUAUGGUUUUUGCGGACGCUGCUCAAGAGCUCCAUGCAUUCUUUGUAAUUUUUUCGAGUUUUAAACAAUUGAAACUCUGUAAUUAUUAAUCCAAAUACUCUCAAAUUCAGCAGCUUUACUAAUUUUAGUAUGCUCUUUCUUGUAUUGGUGUCUAUUUUUGAAAACUUUAAACGGUAUCGAGUUUGUGACUAGUCACCAGUCCCUUUUUGAAUUUCGGAACGGGCAAUAGCUGUUGUAUCAUCGCUCUAAAGGAGAUUAUGGCUAUGCCAGCUCUGUACCCUCGAUGAAAAGAAAUUUAAUGAAGAAUUGUCACUUAUUGGAAGCCAAUCGCAACGUUUUCUGAAAUAUCUGUACAUUUAUAUUAUUCCUAGUUGGCAAUGAUUUUAUUAUAACUAGAAAUAAUUCGCCUGGAAUAUUAACCUACUUUCCUUGCACUUCCUAUUAUUUCUAUUAGUGUUGUAUUUCCACAGGUAGCCCACUUAUCGGCUUUUCUGUGAAUAUUAGAGCGGAUUUCGUAUGAGUGGGAAACGGACGGUACUGUAUUGUGACCGUAAUCGUACUGUAACCAAUUUCUAGUGCCCCAUUGGUUCACCAAAAUUGUGAAGCCCAUGUCCGGUAACUGUGCGGUAACCGUGCGGUAACGGUGUCCCACUCAUACGAAAUCCGCUCUAUCUACGGUACAAACAUGAAAACAGACAGUUUAUUUCACUGUUGGGAGCUGAAAGUUUACAGAAAAUUAAGCACAACAUUGUGUGAGUUUGGAUGCAUUUUAUUGAGAUGUCCAACUUUAUAUUGAUUCGUUUUUAACAGAAAAGCCGACAAGUGCUGAGCUUGGGCUACCUGUGGUAUUUCCUUAGUGCUACGCACCCAUAUUCAUUUAUGUGAUUGUGUUAGUUUGAAGAUAGCAAAUAUUGAUAUUGAAGAAUAGCUUUACUUGCUUUGUACAUCGAUACGAGUUUAUCAUUAUCUUAAUUUAGCAAGGUUUCAUUGGUUGUGCUUGACCUAAUAAACUGUGAAAAAAGCA